GAGGCGUGCGGCGUGACGUCAGUGCGGCUGCUGUCAGUCAGACAAAGACAGUCAGUCAGUCAGGGCGAGUCUUCCUCGCAACAUCACAUAAACUAUCAUCUUCAUAACCUGACAGAGCGCAUUAAAUGAUCUGCUGCGCUGAGAUUCUGUGUAGUUUCCUCAUUCCAGAAUGUCUCACUACACAGAUGAGCCACGCUUCACUAUCGAACAGAUCGACCUGCUGCAGAGACUGCGGCGUACAGGUAUGACCAAACCCGAGAUCGUGCACGCGCUGGACACCCUGGAGCGGCUCGACCGCGAGCACGGGGACAAGUUCGGCCGGCGCGGCCCGUUGGACUCCAACGCCACCAACAGCACCACCUCCAGCACUACACCCACCUCAAAUAACACUAGCAACGCCAUCAUGGCGUCCUCCUCCACCACCUCCACAUCAACGCAAACGCAGUUCCACGGUAAUUUAUCGCCAUCGCCCAGCAACAGUUACGCCACGUCUCCACCUGCCGUCUUACCUUCGCCGGUCUCGCUGGUCGCAAUGGCGCAGAAUGGGCGGGACGCUUUGGCGGCGACGCCCAAUGGGAAGCUGUCGCCAAACCGUUACCCAGUGAACAGUGCGGCGGCGGUGAGAUCGUACGGGCUGGAUGGCUCAGAGGAGGACCUGGAUAUAGAUGACAAGGUGGAGGAGCUCAUGAGGCGGGACAGCACCCUGGUGAAGGAGGAAAUCAAAGCCUUUCUGGGCAACAGACGUAUCUCACAAGCCGUGGUGGCUCAGGUCACAGGCAUCAGUCAGAGCAGAAUCUCUCACUGGCUUCUCCAGCAGGGCUCAGAUCUCAGCGAACAGAAGAAACGAGCUUUCUAUCGCUGGUACCAGCUGGAGAAGACAACGCCAGGUGCCACAUUAAAUAUGCGGCCCACCCCUGUAUCUCUGGAUGAGAUGGAGUGGCGCCAGACUCCGCCCCCCAUAAGCUCCGCCCCCGGAAGCUUCCGUCUGCGCCGAGGCAGUCGAUUCACCUGGAGGAAGGAAUGUCUCGCUGUGAUGGAGAGCUAUUUCAGUGAUAAUCAAUAUCCAGAUGAAGCCAAACGAGAAGAAAUCGCGAAUGCCUGCAACGCUGUUAUUCAGAAGCCAGGAAAGAAGUUGUCUGACUUGGAAAGAGUCACAUCAUUGAAAGUCUACAACUGGUUUGCCAACCGGCGCAAAGAGAUCAAGAGGAGGGCCAAUAUUGGGUCUUUUUUCCAAGAAGCCACAAUCUUGGAGAGUCACGGGAUCGAUGUACAGAGUCCUGGAGGACACUCCAACAGUGACGACAUCGAUGCUAACGACUACAACGAGCAGGGUUGUGAUGUUACCUAUUUUGAAAAGAGAGGUGUGAACAGACCCUUUGGUUACUACCGUCUGGAGCCCACCUCACCAACACAGGAUGAUGCCGGCAAUCACGCAGACCACCAGGACCCCAUCUCUCUCGCCGUGGAGAUGGCAGCUGUCAAUCACAGCAUCCUCGCCCUGUCCCGUCCGGGAGGCGUGGCCAGUGAAAUCAAGACAGAGUCACUGGAUGAUGACUGAGGAAGACCGCGGGACGAAGAGGAUCAAUGAGUGUGUGUGUGGACGUCUGCAGACGUGUUUGUGGAGCAAUGACCAAAUCAAGAGCUCUGUCUCCAGCUUUUAGAUUUCAAUAUCGCCUGCCAUCGACACACCUGCUGAACCAAUAAACACACCCAGAGUCAACGACACACACUCUUGACAGGAACUAAUAAGUGGAAGGUCGUUCCACAAUGUUUGGCUCUUAUUUAAGCCUCCCGAACCCUUGCUGACCCAAACCUCGUACCUCAUUCCAGUAACUUGUAUAAUGCUUGAUGUGCUUCCUGUCUGUGUGCUCCAGUGACCCUCAUUCUCACAGAUAAGCUAAAGGCAGAUGCAGAUAUCUCCUCCAUUCCCACUACAGAUGCUCUCAGUUAACAGGUUUCUACUUUACUUUUGUCACCGAUUUCAUCAAACAGCAAUUGAGUGAAUCUCAUGAAAACCAUCAAGAACACAUUUCACAACAAAAUGAAAGGGAAAUUAAUGUAUUUUACAUAAAAUAAAUAGACUGUAGAGGUUUGUAUGCACAUUUUAAAGCACAUUUUAAUCUCCCAAAAUGCUGAAAAUUGUCAUUAAAAUUUAAAGCGUUUAUGGUUUUAAACUUACUGUAUGCUGACUUGAAAAAUAAUAAUUUAAAAAAUAUAUAUUAAAAUUAAAUUUUGAGGGAAAAUGUGCGUAAUUAAAAAAUAUCUUCAAAAUGCAACAUAUUAUUUUCCUUUUGGUUUGUGGAUGAAAUAAACCUGGAUAUAUAGUGAGAUUUAUUCAAUUAUUUUUGAUUUGAAUCAUGUUCAAAUGCAGGGGGGUUGAAUUAUAAUUGUAGUGAAACUUGAAAGAUGUGGUUACAUAACCACCAAAGCUCAAGUCUCCUGGACUCUAAAUGAACCUGUAUAGAGAGACUUAAGUCGACAGGACGGCUAGUUUUUAUUUUUAUUUUAAAAGUGUCGAGCAUUACCCAAAGUGAAUUUGGAUUAAAGCGUUAUUCUUAUGUUUGCAUUUAUUUACAUGCAGAGAUUUCACACAAAGUGUCAAGACCGAAGCAUCUGCUCUCAUCGUGUUGAAUAUUAAAUACGUCAACGUGAAAUAUCAUUCCACUAAAAUUUUGGCUCAAGUUGAACGCUGUCAGAAUUAUAACGUGCAAACUCCCACGAAGCUUUAUUAUUAUUAUUAUUAUUAUGAAAUGACAUCAGAAUUUCCGUGUUAAUUAUUGACGAAAGACUGACUGAUAAAUGUUUGUUCUGCUGCCACAGAGCUUCGAGAGUCUGAACUCUCAUCUAACAUAAGCUUGGUUCCAAAAUGUAGCUUUUUUUAAUUAAAAAAAGGUUCUAAGAGAACUUUAUUCUCUCGCCGGGCUUCAUUCAUUGAAACGAGCAGCACGAAUGAUUCGUAGAGCCGUUCUUACAUUAAUGAUCACAAAAUCAAUGCAACCCUUACCUAAAGUGACAAAUUACUUAAGAAUGGUUUUACAAACAGCUAAACAGAAAUUGCUUCUGCGCGUCUAAUGAAUGAAGCCUCUAAUCUUUCUCUAUCUUACUGUGUACAAUUGAUAUUUAUGAAAUGCCAAUUUGUGUUUAAUAAUAAUAAUAAUUCAAGAUUCUUUUUUUAUUUGAUUGUUUUACACCGUUUUUAUGUUUUACGUUCAGAGCAGUCUCCUGAAGCGUGUCUGAUUCAGAUCAAGCGCCCCCUUCACUCAAGAAACCUUUUUUUCCUACUGUAAGUUUGUUAUAUCUUAAACAUUGCAGCGAUACACAAAAAAGGUCAUUUUCGAAUGGCGUAAUGUUCAAAUGUGUUCAGUUGUCCACGUUUGUGUUAUUACAGCAUCUUUGUACGUGCCAAACUGCAGGAUUAUGUCAAGUACUGACAUUUAAAUGAUCUAUAACAGCAACAUACAGAUUCUGCAAUUCUACAAGUAACUCGUUCUGUUGUCUGAAGUGUUUAGAGCAACGAACGGUUUUAUUCAGUAAUGUAACCCUGCUGGUUCAAAGGGGGUGCUUUCCAUUUAGUUCCUCAGAGUGCAUUUUCAUGUCUAUAAAAAACCUAUAGGCUUAUAAAAGCAACUGUAUAGUUAAAUAAGAAACUACGAACUUAAAGAUUGUUUGAAUCAAAUAAUUCUAUGAUUUCAAAGCAUUCUGUUGUGAAACAUGUAUCUCCCAUUUAAGAAUUUAGUGCCUUUUUUGGACAGUAGACUGUUCUGUAAGUAUACUAUAGUAUAUAUAUAUGAACUUUUUGUACAGUUUCUUUGUUUAAAAUGACUUUUUUUAAAACUUGUGUUUAUUUUAGUACUUUAUCUUCUGGAAAAUAAAGGUAUAUUGAA